UCCCAGCAGAAUGGUGGUGGUCCGGUUUUUGGAAUCUGAGGCUACCCUUCAGGGGAUAAUCGGUAAAGUUCAAGAUGCCAUUGGAUGUCAUGACCCAAUGGUAUUGACUGAUGUGCAGGGGAAUGCAAUUUUGGAGUCUGAAGGCACAACUGGGUCCCAGUACUGGAAACAAAAUGCUAGAAAGAUUCUUGCUAUACAAGAACAGGCCUUCCAGGAGGUACAGGGCUCUAAAAGGAGGAGAAUGAGCCGAAAAGAUGAAGAUGCUGCUGGAAUUGGAGAGGUCACUGAGAAGAUAGAAGAGCUUGUACUGGCAUCACAGACCUUACCAGAUAUCACUGCAGCAAUCAGAGAGCUCACCAAUCUAGCUGCCACUCAAAGAGUGAUCCUGACUCCUUCCCAGCUACAGACCAUCAAGCAAGGAUUCUGCUGUGUUAUUUGUAUGAAAUUCAUCGAGGAGCCAGUCUUCACAGAGUGUUGCCGGAGCAUUAUUGGCUGCAAAACAUGUGUGGUACAGUGGCAGGAGACCUCUGUGCACUGUGCAAAAUGUAGAGGGAACACUGCAAACAACACCAUAUUUGAAAUUAAUGGUCUGUCAGAGACAUUUUCUGUUCUGAGAUCCCUUUUUGAAGAGGAGUAACAUGUUGAAUUUUUACACAAACAAAUUUAAAGUUAACAGUCUUCAAGUUAAAUAGAGCUAAUGGCUUUUCACACAUUGCGCUGAGUUGUGGUUAUAAGACAGAGCAAUGCCUGUUUGUAUGGGGCAAAGUCAUUGUUCACUGCUCUAGAGUACAAUUCUGAAAUGUCUGAAUAAUGCUCGGCAAACUGGUUCUCAACUGUAAUCUUGUCCUGUUCAGUUGAAAAUGGAUCAACUCCAAAAGUUGAAUGCCUGGUCAGUGAUGAUCCCAGCUGUUGGCUGUAAAGGUCUGCUGCUUCAGCUGAAUGAGGCAACAGCUCCUGUUGGAUUUUUUUGGGACACCCACGGCCAGCCAAGUCAUUUGGUGUUCCUUUACCUGUAAAAUAAAGAACAUACUGUUGGUAUUGAAACUUA